CAUUGACAUUCAUUGUAAAAUGAAUGUCGGAUGUGGACGCGUUGUUUAUUAUUUAACCGCAAAUAACAUAUUUACCGUAAUUUCUAUUCUGUAAGACGAAUUUAUUAAAUUAGUAAAAGUAAAUAAUGUCGUCGUUACAGAAAACUAUAAUGAAGAAUAAACUGCCGCCGAAAAUGCCUCGGACAUCUGGCAUAUCGAAACUGGCACCCUUCAGUGGGGCGCGUCGUAAGGACUACUCCCCUGUGGCGUGGAAGAAUUACUUUGACAAGUAUGUAGAUGUGGAGCUAGAGGUGGGCGUGUUCAGGGUGUACCUGUCUCCAGAGCCGGAGCAUCCCGACCAGCCGAGGAUUGUCACUCUGCACGGUGGAGGAUACUCGGGACUCAGCUGGGCUUUGUUCACAGAAGAAAUAGUCAGCCUGAUCAACUGCCAGGUGGUGUCCAUGGAUAUCCGCGGGCACGGGGAGACCAAGGCUCUGGACCCUGAUGACUUGAGCAUUGACACACUUGUAAACGACGUGGGCGCGGUGCUGCACAAGCUGUUCCCCGAGCUGCCGCCGCUCGUCUUGCUGGGGCACUCCAUGGGCGGCGCGGUGGCGGUGCGGGCGGCGCACCUGCCCUCGCUGGAGCCCGCGGUGCAGGGCGUCGCUGUCAUUGACGUCGUGGAAGGGACCGCUAUGGAGGCGCUGGCCAGCAUGCAGAGCUUCCUGCGCAGCCGCCCCACACACUUCAACAGCAUCGAGCACGCCAUAGAGUGGUGCGUGCGCAGCGGACAGGUGCGGAACGUAGAGUCGGCGCGCGUCUCCAUGCCCAGUCAGAUCGUCAAUUGCGAGACGGGUGAACUGGCUACAAACGAAAUCGAGCAAUACCAGAGCGCGCCCCCCUCCCCGCUGCUGCCCAACACGCGCGGCGUGCGCGCUGACGUCAUCGCGGAGGAGGGCGACGAGGGGGACGGCGCGGCGGUGCAGGGCGCGGAGGGGGACGCCGCGCACUUCGUCAAGCCCGCGCCGGCGCCGGGCGGCAUGAGGUACCGCUGGCGCGUGGAGCUGGCGCGCUCGGAGCGGCACUGGUCGGGCUGGUUCCUGGGGCUGUCGGCCGCCUUCCUGUCCACGCGCGCGCCGCGCCUGCUGCUGCUGGCGUCGGUGGAGGGGCUGGACCGCGCGCUCACCGUGGGGCAGAUGCAAGGCAAGUUCCAGAUGCAGGUGCUGACGCGCUGCGGACACGCCGUGCACGAGGACUCGCCGGCCGAGGUGGCGCGCGUGCUGGCGGCCUUCGCCCUGCGGCACCGGCUGACGGCGCCCACGCCGCGCGGCGAGCAGCUGCAGCUGGUGUCGGCGCCGGGCUGCUGACUGCCGACGUCGACAGCGCGCCGACACUCUGUCGACGCCUCCCUCCGCUGACGAUCCUCUGGCUCCGCGACGGCGUGUCGACACGACCCUCUGCUGAUUCCGCGCCGACGCGACGCACGCAGUCACAUGGACUAUCGAGCAUUUUAUAACUGGAACGCCGCUAAUUUUUUUAUAGUGUUUUUCCUAAAUCAUUACAACAUUUAUUUUCUUGUAAGAUAUAGUGUUAACUAUAGUAGCGCCAUCUAGUAGAGGUUGAAGGUACCAGUAUGCUGAGGAGCCCGUUGCCGGUCAAACUUUGGACAAUUCAAACAUGUUUGUUAAACGAUUUGAUCGUCUGCGACAAUAGAUUAGCAUUCGUUUCAUGAUGAAAAGGUCAAUUUAGACAAACAAGUUAGAUUGUUAAAGCUUAUUCAGUAUCUUUGACGUAUACGAUAUUGAGAUUCUAUGUAAAUGUCAUCCGGUGCUUACUGGUACUUACAGUAGCUAGAAGACAUUUGAUGUUAGUUUUAUUAGGUUGUUAAUAAAGACUAAAAUAGUAAAUAGGCAGGCAGCAGGUUCCCUAACACAACGCUGUUCAUAUGCUGGUGACUAGUAAAUAAAAAGAUGGCGUAGUUAAAAUUAUUUUUUGUGUGAAAAAGUUGUUUUUUUUUUUGAAAGACUAUUAUAUAGAAAUAAAAAUUAUAUUUAUUAUAAUUAAAUGCUAAUUGAGAAAAAGUAGGCUAUAUGAUGCUCAAUAUCUUCCAGUGAGAGCCCCGUUUAAAUUGGUUCAACCGUUCUAAAAAUUAGCCCAAACAGACAGACUGGUUGACAGAGUUGUUUUGUGUAUAAGUAUUAAGUAUAGUGAAAUCAAACACUUUAUUUUUUUUUAAUAUAUUGAUUAUUGUACUUAAGAUAAGUUAAGUUGUCACUAAUAAUGUUUAUCAAAUGCUAUUUUAGUUGAAUUUGCAGAAUAUAUCGAAUAAGGCCUUUCCUCUGUCUGAAAACUGGAGUAACUUUUUCUAAAUUGUUUCAAAUUAUAUUUGACGUUUCUCACCAAUAAACGUCAAAAAUACAGCUAUUCUUGAGUUUUGAGUAUUUUCCAUUUAGAGCAGACAUCGAACCUACGGCUUUUGUUUACAGUAAUGUUGUAUAUGUGUGUGUACAGUGAGAUGUGUGUGUGUGUGGUGGUGUGCCACGCAAAGUAUUAAAGUUGUUCUCAAAGUGUAAUUUUAAUUUAUGUUUAUAAAAAUAAAUAAUUGUCAAUAAAA